AUGAGUCAGGAAUAUUACCCCGGCGAGGGCUCCUCGAGAGCUGGAUCAUCUCGCUUCCCCGGCGAAGAUGAAGAACGGAACCCUUUCUUCCCACCCCCGCCAGCCUACAUGACUGUGGGCAACGGCUCGACCUCGGAAAGUGCCACGGGCUUGAUGACGUCGCUGAAUCAGGACUCGGGAUACGGAGGCAGCAUCGCGGAUGGAAGCGCCAUCGAGGGCGACUCGAACGCCGCUUGGCGUGCCGGACUUAUGGAGGACCGACCGACUCCCAUACAUACUCCGACGCGUCCCGGCGAGUGGAAUCCUGCUGCCGAACAUGAGAAACAAGUUGUCGCGAACCAUGUUCACCAACUGCUUUACAACUCGAAUCGGACCAAACUUGGUCGUGCCAUCUCCCGAACCAUCGAUACUUUGAAGGAGCUGCAGGAUAUGAACCGCCAAUGGCCGGCUCACUAUCCUUCUGUGCAAAACGCCCCUCUUUCGCCCUCGGAGCAGCCGCAACUUCACCGUACCAACACAGACACCGGAGAAGGUCGUGGCAGACCAUCGACUCCUCCACGGCCUGGACCGCUGAAGCGUGCUUCGACCACAGCAGGUGGAGAUAAUUUCGGAGAAUCUAGUGUCACUGCCGAGCGCCGCGCCACGCCUGAGCCUCGCUUGGUGACCCCUCAAAUCGCCCAAGAAUUCUCGAUUUUGAAGCUGGAUCUAAAGUUGGGUGCACUGUCUCAGGCUGAGCUGGUACACUCGCUGGAGAAAGCCUCAAUUGCGUCACUGCUAGAUGGCAAGAUCAGUCAGAGCGUCAAGCAUCUUCUCAACCUCCGAGACCGAAUCGAGGAUACAUCAAGCAAGGUGCUGGUAACAGGUGAUUUGAAUGCUGGAAAGUCAACAUUCUGCAAUGCUCUACUUCGACGGAAGGUCUUGCCUGAAGAUCAACAGCCUUGUACCAGUCUUUUCUGUGAGGUGUUGGACGCUCGGGAGAAUGGCGGAAUUGAGGAGGUGCAUGCAGUGCACAAGGACGUCCAAUACAGCCGCAACGACGAAAGCACGUACGAUGUUUAUCCUCUCGCCGAACUUGAGAACAUCGUGGUCGACAACUCAAAGUAUAUGCAAUGCAAGGUCUACAUCAAGGAUGUCCGAUCUAUUGACGAGUCUCUCCUCAACAAUGGUGUGGUGGAUAUCGCUUUAAUUGAUGCGCCAGGCUUGAACUCGGACUCUUUGAAGACAACUGCCGUCUUUGCUAGACAGGAAGAAAUCGACGUCGUUGUCUUCGUGGUGUCUGCGGCCAACCACUUCACCCUUUCGGCGAAAGAGUUUAUCUUAAACGCUGCACAUGAGAAGGCUUACAUUUUCAUGGUGGUGAACGGCUUUGAUCAGAUCCGGGACAAGCAACGCUGUGAGCGCCUGAUUCUCGACCAAGUGGGCAAGCUCAGCCCUCGCACAUACAAGGAGGCCGAUGAACUUGUUCACUUUGUGUCGAGUAACGCUAUUCCCGUGGCCCCUCCCAUGCCACAAUCUGGCUCUGGGGGUGGGGAUGGUGGAGGCGAUGACCCUCACGAUGAUGAUGACGGUGAUAAGGGCAAAGGCAAGGAAAGGGAAAAGAUCCAGGACUUUGAAAAUUUGGAAGGCGCUUUGCGACGCUUUGUUCUCGAGAAACGAUCCCGGUCCAAGCUUGCGCCUGCGCGAACCUACCUGCUCAACCUGCUUGCUGAUCUUAACUCGCUUGCAACGGUCAAUCGCGAUAUCGCUCAGUCAGAGCUCAAGCGCGUGACGGGGGAACUAUCAGAACUAGAGCCUGCAUACGAGAACGGCAAGAAGAAGAAGAGCGAGCUUGCGGAGGGCGUUGAAAAGGCCAUCGACGAGUCGUGUGAGGAUGUCUACAGCCACACCCGAUCCACUUUGAAUGACACCAUUGCUCGGGUUUCCGAGGCAGACCUUGGUGUUGACUAUCCCGGUCUUUUCUCAGUCUUCCAAUACGCCGAGGAUCUCAAGGCUGCAAUGCUGGAUCAAAUCUCUUCAGCCGUCACUGGGUGUGAGGAUUAUGCCCGUGAGAAGACAGUCAAGGGAGUCGGCUUCAUUCAGAACAUUGGUCUGUUGCACAUUGGCGAGGACAAAUUCUCUGCUCUCAAUUUCCGUGCAGAUCUAAUGUUCCGUCGCGGCCGUCGCCACUUGAGUGGUCGACAAGUCCACACAGAGGUCGAGCUCUGGGACUUCUUUGACAUUGCUGGUCUCUGGGAGCGCCAGGAGAAGAUGGCAGGCACUGGCGUGGCAAUGACCGCUGUCACUGUUCUUGGUGGCAGGGUCUUCGGUGGCUUUAGCUGGGUAGAUAGCGCACUCAGUGCUAUCAAGGUUGUCGGCCCGAACAACAUGCGUCGGAUGUUCUUCCCGAGUAUCCUUGCUGCUGCCCUCUUGACAACAGCCUACGUGCUGUCUUCUAUUCCGAACACCUUGCCUCCUCGUCUGUCUAAGAAGAUCGCAGCCACCCUCGAUGAAAUGGACUACGUCCACUCAAAUGCCAAUCGUAUUUCGGGCGAAGUUCGCCGCAUUCUCCGUCUUCCCGCAACCAACCUGCAGGCCAGCAUGGCCCAGGACAUUGAGGAUCUCGCAAGACGCAAGCAGGAGGUCAGCAAGGUGAAGCAGGAGAGCGAAGUCGCCACCAAGUACUUCGCAAACCUGUUCCGCGACAGCAGUGAAAACCGUCGCACUGUGGAAGAUCUCGACCUGGAUGCUCCCUUGCCUGGUGGCUUAGGCGCCAUUGAGGCAUGA